UUCAAAAACACACAAUAUUCAAGGUCGUUCGUUCACUCUCCUUUGAUUCGUUCGCGAAUCGGAAAUGAACUAGUAAAUAAAUUUAGUUCGUAGAAAAAAAGAAAAACAAUACAACAGGAAAGAAAACACAGUGACUAAUGAGCUUUUCGAGUUGUUGUACCGGAUCUUGGGCUGCGCUAUGAAUUAAUAGGACAAGAUGGCUAACGUGUUUGGAGGAAAAUCUGGUAAGAGAUUUUCAAUAGACGAUGCGUUCGAAGAAGAAAGCGAAUCGGUAACCACUGUAAAUAUAUAUGGCUCGACCACCGAAAGAUCUCCUUUAAAACCAAAAUCAAAACAUAAAACAAUGAAUAACGAUGCGGUGGUGGACGUCGAUCAAAACGCACCGUUGGAGGGAUUCAAUAACAGCACCACUAAACACAACGAAGACACUUUAUCUCGAGAUAGCGAUUCGUUCAUGCACGAUGGAAGCGGAGUAUAUUCAAAUUUCUUCGAUCGUUCGCAAUGGUGCUGUUAUCAUCCUAAAGUGAAAGAUAAUUGGAAGACUGUACUGGCAGCUGUAGUGUUAUUAAUCGUUGGCACAGGUCUGUUACUAAUUGGUUUAAUAUUCGUUAUAUCGCCGGAUCCGAACUUACAAGGAAUCGUAUUUAUUAUAGCUGGUUUAAUAUGUUUUAUACCUGGUUCCUAUCACGUUGUGUAUAUUUAUUUCGCUGUAAUCGGCAAAGAUGGUUACGAUUUCUACCACCUGCCUUUGUUCAAUUGAGGGAAACCUUUAAACCGUGUAGUAGAUAAUUUCUCCCAACAACAUUGGCCAUUCGAUUCGUCGUGUCUAACUUGACCGCGGACGGCGAACGUCUUCCAAGGUUCAUUUUCUCCGAGUCUCGUUUAUUGUUGAAACAACACACACUCGUGAAAUAUGAAUUAUUACAUUACAAUCGUGUAUAGUUUGUCUACAGAAUUGAUUUGACUGAUUCAAUCAAAUAUUAAAUUUCGAUACGUAAAUUACCUACCAUUUAGGAUUUCGAAUCGCUGUAAAAAGUUCCCUAAUAAGUUUACUGUGUUGUAUAUCUUCUUUUUUUUCCCCUUUCUUUUUUUUUUUCGUUCAUUUUGCAAAUGAUUUAGUUAUGUUUAUGUUUUAUUCUUGUAAGUUAUCGCAUUAUUUAUGUUAAUUUUAUUCGGAAGAUAUAACUUUCCAUAAAAUGUGAUUCGAAUUUUGCACUCAUGUUCACCUAAUGAAUUUAUUGUUUCGUCGUCCAAAUCCUACAAGCUCGCUUUCGUCUUCGUAAUUAUUUCGCGCAACAGUUGGACAUGAAUUUAUGCAGCUAAAAAAAAUUAAUCACGUUAUUUUUUUUCUUUGAAAAAGUGAACGAAUAUUCGGCUUAGUGAAUCGGUUCGUUGUUAAAUUACUAUUUUAAUUUACAAAUUUGUAAAUUUAGUCGUCCGACGAACGGAACAAAUGUCAAAAUUAUGUUCACAGAAUACUCUUCGAGUUAAACGAACUGAUAUCGAACAAUGACCCCAAAAUAACCACACGCAUUCCGUUGGUAUCUAUUUCUGUAUGUUUGAUCGCGAUCGUACUCUUACGAUGCGAGCUUUUACAGCGAUAUUUUAAUUUUAUAGACUGAUUAUCUUUAUGUAAUAUUUCGAUUGGCUGGUACUGCAAAUAUUUACAAAUCAUAAUAGAUUUUUAACUCUCGAACGAUCUUCAAUCGUUGAAAAAAAAUCGGUGCAAUAUUUAAAGAAUAUAAAUUUAAAAUUCGGAGAAAAAUUCUCUCUUUAUUUUUCGUGUGCUAAAAAAUAUGUAUCUUUAUCUAUAGGUACUUUUACUUUUAUAUUAACGAUUGUUUCUACUUUUCUAUUUUUUAUUGAGAAAAAAAAAUGGCGACUUUGUCAACAUUCUAAGUAAUGUUUUGUGUGCCAAUUUACUGCUAACCAAAGCUUGUAAUUUUUUGCCCCCCUUCCCCUUUAGAUAAUUUUAUCUAAGAUGUAUUGUAAUCGCUUUCGAAUAAUUUCAGCAGCUGAGAUCGAGUCUCUACCUAUUCGAAAGUGUCCAUUAGCUAUAUUUUUGGGAAUAUUUCCCUUUGGACGAUAAAUUUUGACUGGAUAACGGUGAAUUGACUUCAGUGGUCUCUAAUUUUGGGUGAUCGAUUUUGAAAAUUUUGAUUCUAAGUACAGUUUUUGAGAAAAUUGUUAAUUGUUGAACGGAACCGGUUUCAAAAUGUCAGAUUUAUUGAAAUUAGAAUCUCUUUAUGAAAAAAUAUCGAUAAUUGGUGAUUCUGUAGAAUGAAUUUGUAUUUUAUUAUUUCGAACGUCGCAUUAGUCAUGUUUUGUACUUUGUGUUUGUGAAUCUAAUUAUUUUACUUCAAGGAAACGUUGUCACGUCGAAUAAUGACUCAACUUGGAAAAUUAUUUGUUCGAUAAUUUAUAACUCGUGUAUCAAAGAACAAGAAUUUCAGUUCAGGUGGGAUUUUAUCAUUUCUGUUUUGAAAAUUGAGAGAAAAAAAACAACUAAAUCCGAUUACCUAUUUCACCAAUAAUAAAUUUAUUUAUUGUACAUAAUAUUUAUAAACUUUAUGAAAAACGUUGCCAAUAUUCUUACAGCUUAAUUUUUAUACAUUUUUUCCAAUAAUCUAUUAUCUACAUCUACCGUCCAAUUUUCAUUAACCAUAUAACGACAUACAGACAAAUGAACUGUACGAUUUUCAAGGUUGAAAGCGUCUCAUCGACCGCUAUUCUGUGAUUUAUAUUUUGAGAAAAAAAUGUUUCUUCUAUAAUGCUCUCUAAUUUAAAGAUAUAAACGAAUUACGAGUAACACUUUUGAAAAUUUGCUAAUCACACGGUUAAAUUUGUCCCAACCCAAUUUACUAAAGCAAAGCAACCUUGGUCCUUGGUGCGCUAAUUAUAAAAAAAAAAUCAUCACUUCCAAAGAUGUUUUAAUUAAUCAUCGAACAGCUUUACUUUACGUUUUAUAAAAGUUACAUUACAUUUGUACUUAGUCAUUUUACUCUGUGUUACUUUUGUUUUUAUUAUUUUACGAGGAAUCUUUUACAGUUUGUGAUAUGUAAUUUGAUUUUUAACGCUAUGGAAUACUAUUUAUACAUCAUCUUUAAUGCGUAAUGAUACCUUUAUGGAUUGUGCUGUACUUUUAAAAACAAGAUUAAACGAAAGUAAAAAUUCGA